AGUACUUUUUAGUGUUGCUGAUGAGACGCUGGUGUAAGAAACACAUUUCUCCGUUUCAUCUUUAAAGCAACAUAAUGUCUAUUAAAUUGAAUGCGCUAUUAAGCGACUCCUAUGUUGACGUAAGCCAAUACAGAGACCAACAUUUUAAGGGCAAUCGAUAUGAGCAAGAGAAACUUCUGAAACAGGCUAACACACUCUACGUGGGCAACCUGUCCUUUUACACCACAGAAGAACAAGUGUACGAGCUCUUCUCCAAGAGUGGGGAUGUAAAGAGAAUCAUCAUCGGCCUGGAUAAGGUGAAGAAGACGGCGUGCGGCUUCUGCUUCGUCGAGUACUACACGCGUACAGAUGCAGAAAAUGCUAUGAGGUUUGUCAACGGGACACGUCUGGAUGACCGCAUCAUCAGAACUGACUGGGACGCUGGUUUCAAAGAGGGCAGGCAGUAUGGCCGUGGCAAGUCCGGUGGUCAGGUCAGAGACGAAUACAGACAAGAUUAUGACCCAGCCCGGGGGGGCUAUGGGAAAGUCGUCUCACGACCAUAAAACCGUGUCCUAUGCUGUUUCUUUGGGGAGGGCUAUGGAAAACUAGUGUCAUGAGCCUGAGUCAACAUGUUAUCUGCUGUUUUUUUGCCUUUUUCCAGGUCAGAGAUGAAUAUAGACAAGAUUAUGACCCUGCUCGAGGUGGAUAUGGGAAAUUAGCUCAGCUGCAGAGACCUCCCGAGGCACAGAACAGUUUUUAGUUUGGUGAAUUUGAUCUGGGUUCAAUUUGGGAACCAAACAAGACUGUAGACGUCUGCCAGGGUUGUCUAUUUCUCUUAUGACUAGUUUAUUUAGGAAGAAGUCUUCUGUGAAGUAUUUUUCAGUUAGCCAUAGUUCCAACAGUCAUUUUGAGCAGUGUAAAACUCGUCUAGACAAGAAUAAACUUGCUCAGAUUGAAGGUUGCAGUCCAUACACGUUUACAAAUGUAAUUGUCUCCUAAACUGUAUACUUUAAAAAAAUAAAUAUAAAAAUGUAAAAAAAAAAAAAAAUUUUUUAUCCUAAAUGUAUCUACUAUAAAAACUGGAACACUGCUUUGUCCUGGAAAUGUGGAGCAACUCUUCUGAUCUGAUUCAGAGUAGUUUAUCUCAUGGAUGAAGUGUUUGUAAACACAGGUUCACUGCUGGCUGGUUAAGGCCAAUGAGGUGAUAUUGAUGGCUUUCAGAACGUAUGGCUCCUAUGGUUGUCUAGACAGAGAAAAGCUACGGACCAAAACUUGCCUGUUCAAGUUGCAAACAACUGUAGCAAUUUAACUAACCCUAACCUGUUUCUCCUAACCUGCUGCGUUAGCUAUAACCUGUUGCGUAGGCUAGAAGCCAUCAGUUCCGAGAAACCAUCAGUGUCACCACACCAGGAUCCAAUAGGAUCGCAGGUUAGAGGCAUUGUGGCUUUUAAAGGCAAUUUCCGAUUGAGCCGACAGAUGUAGCGUUUACCGUGAAUGGGAUCUCUGCAACCGCAGGAACAUUGCCAAAAAAAGGGAUAAUUUCAAUCUGUAGUGCGGUUGACAUUUUUAAAGGCAACGUUAAC